ACGGUGAAACUUCACCGAACCGGAUAGAAAGUUCGCGAUUUGUGAAUCAAGCACUCUUUAUCUUCAACACUUGCACAAAUCCAUCAGCAUUUGCACUUAUAGCUUCAAAUUCAGCAAAAUCAAGACCGAAUAAGCUUGAAGAAUAGCUUGGCGCCUUCAUUGCUUGAGCUCGGGAGAAGGUGGGCGGAGAAUUGGGGGAGAAAAUGGACGAUUAUACUCGAGAAAUGAUGGAUUUGAAAACCCUAGUUACGCGUACUCUCGAGAAGAAAGGCGUUCUCGCCAAGAUCCGUGCUGAGCUGAGAGCUAGUGUAUUUGAAGCGAUCGAAGAAGAGGAUAGAGUAAUAGAGAAAGACAAUGGGCUCCCUCCCGCUCUUCUGGGUAGUUGCAACGAUCGUGCAAAGCAGCUCCACAACUCUCCUUCUGGAAGACUUCUAACUGCGUUGAUAUGUGAAUAUCUAGAUUGGGCUCAAUUAAACCAUACCUUGAAAGUUUACUUACCAGAGUGCAACUUGCCAAAGGAUUCGUGGAAAUCAGAAUUAAGAGACUUUAGCAGCAAAAAUGGAUACGACCUUAAUCGCAAUGGAGACAGCGGACCUUUGCUUUUGGACGUUCUUGAGGGAUUCUUGAAGUAUGAGAAUUUGUCCCAAGGAAGGGGAAACAACAGGAGAUCGACUAACCCAGAUACCGACUCUCUAUCAAACAUUGAUCCUAGAAACCCGAGGAGGACUUCACCAGCAUCUGCAGCUGGCGGUUUACCUCCAUUAGUAAGGGGUCUUCCUUCUUCACAAGCGUCCGAUCGUCGAGCUGGGUCAUCUACAUCUGGCUAUAGGAAAGAAGAAUACAGUUGGAGAUAUGAUAACGAUGAACUCCCAGAUGAUGUACACCGAGCCUCAGCUGCACUAGAAAAUCUGCAGUUGGAUAGAAAAGCUCGAAAUUUAACCAGCUCAUGGAGGCAUGCUGGUGAUGGAAUGUCGGAUGAAACCAGCUGAACAAACCACAUAGCUGCUCGAUCUUUGACAUAGUCCUUUUACGUUUUUUGCUGCUCCAACAAUGUAACAAGGUGAUUCUAUGUAAGAUCAAUAUGUGUAUUUUGUUCUUUCUUUUCCUGUUACCAUAAAAAUCUUAAUCCUAAGUCUGGUUUCUUCUUAUUACA